AGUGGCCUUCUCGUGCGUGCGUGCGCGUGUACACGCUCGUGUGCCUUGCCUCUGAGGUGGGUUUUCAAGAGCACGACUGCCCGUGGGUGGGUGGAAAAAGCACCGUUGGCGCUCUGCGUCUCUGUGUGAGGCAAAAAGUGUGUGUGUGUGCGCGCGCGUGCGUGUGUAAGAGAGGGGGAUUCAAGGAGACCUUUGAAAAUCGCCUCCUGAGCCAUGAUCGAAAAGGGCGCAGAGGUGUCGGGAAAAAGAAGGGGCAGGAACAAUAAUGCAAGCGGCGCAAGUAGCGCGUCCAACAGCGCCUCUGCUUCCGCCGGCGCUGCCAACCACAGUAACAAUGGGAAUAAUAAAAGUUUGGCAGCGGCAGCAGCGCCCAAUGGGAAUAGCAGCAGCCACCACUCUUGGGAAGAAGGCAGCUCCGGAUCUUCCAGCGAUGAAGAGCAUGGAGGUGGAGGCAUGCGAGUGGGACCCCAAUAUCAAGCAGUCGUUCCAGACUUUGAUCCUGCGAAACUUGCAAAACGCUCUCAAGAGAGGGAGAACCUCGGCAUGCUAGUUUGGUCACCUAACCAGAAUAUUUCCGAAGCAAAGUUGGAUGAAUACAUUGCUAUAGCAAAGGAGAAACAUGGCUACAAUAUGGAACAGGCCCUUGGGAUGCUCUUUUGGCAUAAACAUAACAUUGAGAAAUCUCUGGCGGAUCUACCUAACUUCACCCCUUUCCCAGAUGAAUGGACAGUUGAAGACAAAGUCUUGUUUGAACAGGCUUUCAGUUUCCAUGGGAAAACAUUUCACCGAAUCCAACAGAUGCUUCCUGACAAAUCGAUAGCAAGCUUGGUGAAGUUCUAUUACUCUUGGAAAAAGACAAGAACCAAAACAAGCGUUAUGGAUCGCCACGCUCGGAAACAGAAAAGAGAAAGGGAAGAAAGUGAGGAUGAAAUAGAAGAAGCAAAUGGAACUAACCCUAUCGAUAUUGAAGUUGAACAAAACAAGGAGAGCAAAAAAGAGGUUUCUACUUUGCAGGCACCCCCGGCGGAAGCCGUUCCUCAGGUGAAAAAGGAGAAGCACAGUAGCCAGGCAGCCAAGAACAGAGCCAAGAGGAAACCUCCCAAAGGCAUGUUCCUUUCUCAGGAAGAUGUGGAGGCCGUCUCCGCCAACGCCACGGCCGCUACCACUUUGCUAAGGCAACUGGAUAUGGAACUGGUCUCCAUCAAACGACAGAUUCAAAAUAUCAAGCAAACAAACAGUGCUCUGAAAGAGAAGCUGGAAGGGGGGAUAGAACAGUACAGACUGCCAGAGGUUACAUCGAAAUUUAAUGCACGCUGGACCACAGAGGAGCAGCUUUUAGCUGUGCAAGCAAUCAGGAAAUACGGCCGUGACUUUCAAGCAAUCUCUGAUGUGAUUGGAAACAAGUCUGUGGUGCAAGUGAAAAACUUUUUUGUAAAUUACCGGCGGCGUUUUAACAUAGAUGAAGUGUUACAAGAGUGGGAAGCGGAACAUGGCAAAGAGGAGAUGAAUGGAUCCAAUACCCAGAAACCUGUAAAAUCACCAGAUAAUACUGUUAAAGUGUCUGAAGAAGAAGAAGAGGCAACUCCUGUUUUGGAUGUCAGAUACCCGUCUGCUUCAUGAGAAACUCAGGCAGCCUAGAACAAUUCUAUGAUUUGACUACUGUGUUAUCUACGAUAUCAGGUAUUAGCAGAAUCUCAGACAGCCAUCUUCAUCCUAUCUCUGUGGACAAGCAGCUAUUACCAAAAAGAGAGAGAGAGAACGGACAGAUCUCAAACAAAAGGCAAACACUUUGGUUCCCGUGUUACAUUUGCCUUAAUUUUCUCCUCAUCCCUCCAUAGGGCCGCUAUUUAUCCUUCAAUGCUUCCUAGGACAAGGUCUUGGUUUUCUGCAACAUCUCACUUCACAGCAUCUGCUCCUCUUCAAACCAUCUACAUGCCGAUCUGUACACCUUGAUCAGCGAAACUUUCUCUACCUUCCCAAGCUCAGAGAUAACCUCCUGACGCGUUGCAAAGGUGUUUCUGUAACCUGCUCCCCAAUAGGGUCUUAGUGUAUUUCUACAGGGCCUUGCGUGAUUUCGACUUAUUUUCUGGUGUAAUCAUUACUCGUAAGGCAAUGCUUUUGGUUUGUUUUUAAAAUGAGUGGGCUCUGUAUAAAGAAAAAUGUUGUGCGUAUGCUAGUUGGUCUGUCCGUUUCUGUGAUAUCAGUGGGGAAAUAUGAUUUCAGAGUUCCAGGAUCACCAACCUUCUAGCAUGUACAGUAUUUUUCUCAUGUAUUCAGCUCCAUUUUAGGAUACGUUCGGAUUUUAAUUGUGAUUCUUUUUUUAAAAAAACAGAGAUUAUUAUAACUAUUAUUGGACCUUUUUAUUUCAUGCAGAAGGAAAUGCCAGUCUGUAAUCUGCUUUGAAGUAAUCAAUACUUAAGACACAUAUGCUCCCAUGUAGUAGCGUUCAGCAUCUUUAUAUUCUGUUCUGUAUUAUUAAUUGAAUUGCCAAUACAGGCGAGUUUCUUUGACUGUCCAGGGGAUCAAGACAAAACUGGUAUCCUUUACCCAAAGAGAGGUGGGGGAAAAUAUUCCCCUCUUCUUAAGGUAUGGAACUCAUGCCUCGCGGG